AUGAGCGGGGCACCGAUGAGCGAUGAGCAGCGAGCCGCGCUGGAGCAGCGCCUCGCUCGGCUGCGCGCGGCCCAAGCUGCUGCGUCCGCAAGUGGGCAUGAGAGGGCUGCUAGGCUGCCUGUCGGUGCUACAAACGGCGCCUACAUCCUCGACGCCGGUGCACAGCAAACUGACCAGCAAGGGCCACCGGCGCCGAACCCGCGUAGUGGUGCAGUCCCGCCCCCUCCGCAGAUGAGGUAUGCCUACGAAGACGAUGACGAUGACGAAGAAGAAGCAGAGCUGGAUAGCGCCGGGCAGCAGUUCGAAGACGAGUUUCUGCGCCUCAUCGCCCAACAGCAGCGGCUGCAGGGCGUGCAUGCGGUGUCAUCACACGAGCUGAACGCUGCCUCGGUUGCGCAGGUGAGUGCCACGAGCCACGCCGAUGAGGGUGUGAAAGUUGUCGCGACGGACAAGAGCGCCCCUUGUGCACGCGAGCUAGGCGACUUUGAGGCCCUUCGCCUGGCGAAGAUGGGCGAUAGUGUCUCCAUGAAGGACUUCGGUGCCGCGUGCGGUGUCGUCUGGAGGACGCUUGCAGACAACCACGGUCGCAAUGCGCUUCACUACGCCGCCGAUGCCGGAUCGGCGGCACUCAUUCGGCAGGUGGCGGAUGACCUGCACGUCCCGUACGUGGCGGAUGAGAAGCGAAUGACACCGCUCGACAUUGCAAUUUUGAACGGACACUCUGGCGCCGAAAGUGAUGAGGUGUACGCGGCGCUCGUAGCGGCAGCGAAGGCAUCGGGGCACGCUGACGGGAACCCGAGCGCCGCCGAGGGAGGUAUGAAGACACGAGAGAGCGUGCUCGAGGCACACGCUCCCCCGCCGCCAAAGUUCGUGAUGAGCAAGCCGGUCUCCAAGGCAGCAGAGGUGACCGGUACACGCACGUUUUGGUCCUCUACGUGUACCAGAAGUGUAGCGACCAAUGUACAGUGCAGCAGCGGUGCCGACAUGACCGAUGCCGAGCGGCAAGCUGUCAGCGACGCGGUGUGCUCGCUAGAUCAGCAUGGACGGCUUCAGUGGCUGCGGCCCGUGAUGCGAGGUGCCCUGGCGCCGUGUGAGCACUGGCAGGUUGCGGUGGCAUCGCAAGCAGACGCGACUGCAGCGACGACGGCCACAACGACGACGGGAGUAGUGGUGGCACAGAUGCUGCCGAACGUGUUCUUGAAAGGGCCGGCAGCGAAGAAGAUCAGCGCCGCAACCGUAGCAGUCGCGGCUCACUUGGCGGUGCGCAGCGACAGUCAUCACACCGGGGUCGCUGCCGCCUUGCUACACGCGUUGAGUACUCGCAUUGGAGAUUUGGCUGGAAGCGACAGCAACGCUGCCGUCUUCUUCGCCUCUGGCACGCAACUCAGCCGUCCGCCGGCAGCUAUGGCGACAGUGAAGUGGUAUCGCCGCGCCUUUGAUGCGGCGUACGUCUACGCCUCGGAGAGUGCCUACGAUGUCUUCCCCGAUUUCUACAACUACGAUGAGGUGUUACGUGCUGAUGCGGUGCUGAAGGGUGCCAUUCCGGUGUCACUCGUGCAGCAGUACAUGGCGGAUCUGCCGUCGUGGUGCAAUCUCGAAGUCACCUCCGAUGAGCAGUGUGCGCUAGUGCUGAGCUUCAUGCAGGCCAAGGCAGGCAGCGAGGACUCCAACGUGGACCUGGCCUGCGUGCCAAAGGAUGUACAGGAGAUGCGUCGUAGCUACAUUGGUCACCCGGACCACCGUUCCUACGUGCGAACUAAUGUGCAGGGCUCAGUCACGGAUCUCGUCGUCUUUCGGGCGCGCGACACACGCAAAUCGGGGCCCUCUGCUGAUGCCAACGCUGGCGUCUUUGCGGCUGAGGUAGUGUACGCCCUCUUCACCACCGUCGCCGGAAAGGCGAAAGCGGAUCACAUGAUGCUGCUCGCGUCGAAGCUCUUGUCUGCAAAGCUGCUGCUCGUGCCGACCAUGUUCGGCAUCACAGAGAGCGAACUCGCCAAGGCAAACUUCGAUGAGAUCGUCGCGGACCGCGAGUACAUUUACGCGGUGUCCCCAGCAACCCGGCGCGAGGUGGACGGGCUCGGGCCGAUGCCUGCAGCGAAGGUGUCGCUGCCCCUCUACACAAUUUGA